UUGUGGUUCGUCUAAAGCGGCAACUGGGGCUAGCGCAGGUGGCCGGUGAGUUGAAGACCGACCCAGAAGGGCCGAAGUGCACCACUCCAGACAUGAUUACUCAGGGCCAAUUUGAUCAGGAUCACAGAGUUGUUGUGAGGGCUUAAGAAGGGAAGCAAUCCAACAAUAUCCAGUUGCUCUCUCUCUCUCUCUCUCCCUCUGUCAAACAACCCAGCCAUGUCUCCCAGCAAGUUCACCUCCACUGGAGAGGAAACUUCACAGCCAGAGAAUGGUAUUAUCAAUUCAUUUUCUCUCUUCUCGGAGAAGGCAGUUGAUGAAAUUCUUCAACCUCCAGUUCAGGGAACUGAUGACCACCUUAUAGAGUUCUCAGAAGCUAUGAGAACUGUUGCAAAGACCUUAAGACGUGCUGCUGAAGGAAAGGCUUCUGCUCAAGCUGAGGCAGCUGAAUGGAAGCGUAGAUAUGAUCUGGAGAAAGCUCGGAAUCUGCAGUUAGAGCACAAAGAGCAGUCACCUGGAGAGCACGAUGGUGAUUAUUGUGAGGCAGUCGGUAACUUUUUCAACCAACCAGUUUCGAGUAAUGAAGCUAAUAAGCAAUUCGAGAAGUGUUGUGGGGAGAACGGAAUUUGCUCCCAUGAGGUUCUUCGGGAUGGGGAAUCUGAUUCUGGUUCCAAGAUGGUCAGAAAGGCUUCAUUUAGGCUUUCAUGGUGCUGCAAAGGCGAGCAAAGUGAUCAGCACAAACAUGACAUUGUCUCUUUUGAAAGAGGGAAUAUAACUACUGCAGGACGCAGCAGUAGGCAGAUCUCUUUGAGGUGGGAAUCACAACCACGGACUGUGCUUAUUUUGACCAAACCAAACUCAAUCUCUGUUCGAAUUCUAUGUGCAGAAAUGGUCAGGUGGUUGAGAGAGCAGAAAAAAUUAGACAUAUAUGUUGAGUCACGUGUGCGAGCUGAACUAUUAACAGAAUCAUCUUACUUCAAUUUUGUACAAACUUGGAAAGAUGACAAGGAAAUUUUGCUAUUGCAUACAAAAGUUGACCUUGUAGCAACUCUUGGUGGGGAUGGAACGGUCCUUUGGGCGGCAUCCAUGUUCAAAGGACCAGUUCCUCCUAUUGUCCCAUUUUCUUUAGGGUCUCUUGGCUUUAUGACCCCUUUCCACACUGAACAUUACAGAGAAUGCCUUGACUCAGUUUUAAAGGGUCCCAUUAGUAUCACGUUACGACACCGUUUGCAGUGCCAUGUUAUUAGGGAUGCAGCUAAACAUGAGUAUGAAACUGAAGAACCAAUACUUGUUUUGAAUGAGGUUACAAUUGAUCGUGGGAUAUCGUCAUACCUCACAAAUUUGGAAUGCUAUUGCGACAACUCCUUUGUCACUUGUGUGCAAGGGGAUGGAUUAAUUUUAUCAACAACAUCUGGCAGUACUGCAUAUUCAUUGGCAGCUGGAGGAUCGAUGGUUCAUCCACAGGUCCCCGGCAUCCUGUUUACGCCAAUAUGUCCGCAUUCCUUGUCCUUUCGGCCUCUGAUAUUACCGGAGCACGUGACAUUGCGAGUGCAAGUACCUUUCAAUAGCAGAAGCCAUGCAUGGGCAUCAUUCGAUGGUAAGGACAGGAAACAGUUAGCAGCAGGAGAUGCUCUUGUGUGCAGCAUGGCGCCUUGGCCGGUGCCUACAGCGUGUCAGGUUGAUUCCACCAGUGACUUCUUACGCAGCAUCCAUGAGGGCCUCCACUGGAAUCUAAGAAAGACUCAGUCUUUUGAUGGUCCUCGAGAUUCCUAACUUCCUUUUUCCCAUUAGUUGUUACAUAUAUAAAAGAAAGCUAUUAUAGUUGGUAUCUACUUAUUUUCAGAGACCCCUCACUGCUUAGUGUCAUCAUAGGAGGGAGGUGGGAGAAACUGACUAUUCUUCUCUGUUCUUAUUGUGUUUUUUUCCCCAAUAUGAAUAGGGCACUUGAUGUAUACUAUGGAAUUAGAGCUGCUGAAUGUAUGUUGUUGAUGAUGAAAAAUAGGCCGUAGAAAAUGUUUGUAAUAACAUCAAUUCUUCAAUUGUCAAAGAAAUUUGUAAAGCUAGAAUUGUUUACUAUGAAUAAAUACAAGAAAAUCAAAUUAUUAAACUUCUUAUACCA